GCCGCCGCUGCCGCCGCCACCGCCGCCGCCGCCACCGCCGCCGCCGCCGCCGCCUCGGAGCCCGGGCCUGGGGGGCGGUGGGGCUGCGCAUGGAGCCCCCGCCCCCCGGAGCUGCCAAUACUGCCACUGCGCUACACACAGCCUCUCAGCUCUGAGCCGUCUGCCCUCCAGGUACCCCUGGGAUGGCGUGAGCACUCCACCAGCGAUGGACCCCUCUGUGACGCUGUGGCAGUUUCUGCUGCAGCUGCUGAGAGAGCAGGGAAACGGCCACAUCAUCUCGUGGACCUCACGGGAUGGCGGUGAGUUCAAGCUGGUGGAUGCUGAGGAGGUGGCCCGGCUGUGGGGGCUGCGUAAGAACAAGACCAACAUGAAUUACGACAAGCUCAGCCGGGCCCUGCGUUACUACUAUGACAAGAACAUCAUCCGCAAAGUGAGCGGCCAGAAGUUUGUCUACAAGUUUGUGUCCUACCCUGAAGUCGCAAGGUGCUCCACUGAGGACUGCCCGCCCCAGCCCGAGGUGUCUGUCACCUCUACUGUGGCAAAUGUGGCCCCCACUGCUGUACAUGCUGCCCCCGGGGACACAGCCUCUGGGAAACCAGGCACACCCAAGGGUGCAGGAAUGGCAGGCCCCGGGGGCUUGGCGCGCAGCAGCCGGAAUGAGUACAUGCGCUCGGGCCUCUACUCCACCUUCACCAUCCAGUCCUUGCAGCCACAGCCACAGCCGCCCCCUCAUCCUCGGCCUGCCUCCGUGCUCCCCAGCACCGCCCCUUCGGGAGCAGCAGUGCCCCCGUCUGGGAGCAGGAGCACCAGUCCCAGCCCCUUGGAGGCCUGCCUGGAGGCGGAGGAGGCUGGCCUCCCUCUGCAGGUCAUCCUGACCCCACCCGAGGCCCAGAAUCCUAAAUCAGAAGAGCUGAAUGUGGAGCCCGGGUCGGGCAGGCCACUGCCACCGGAAGUGAAAGUGGACGGGCCCAAGGAAGAGUUGGAAGCCGCAGUCGGUGGGGAGGCGGGGUUUGUGCAGGAAGCCGCUAAGGCCGGGCCGGAAGUCCCUCCUGCGGAGGGCGUGCCAGCCCGGCUGCCCGCGGUUGUCAUGGAGACUGCAGCGCCGGUGGGCGGCCUCCCGGCUUCCACUGCUUCCAGCACAGAGAUUGCCCAGCCUCAGAAGGGCCGGAAGCCCCGGGACCUGGAGCUUCCACUCAGCCCCAGCUUGCUGGGUGGGCCAGGACCCGAACGGACUCCAGGAUCGGGAACUGGCUCUGGGCUGCAGGCGCCGGGGCCAGCGCUGACCCCGUCCCUGCUACCUACGCACACAUUGACCCCGGUGCUGCUGACGCCCAGCUCGCUGCCCCCCAGCAUUCACUUCUGGAGCACCCUGAGUCCCAUUGCACCCCGUAGCCCAGCCAAGCUUUCCUUCCAGUUUCCGUCCAGUGGCAGCGCCCAGGUGCACAUCCCUUCCAUCAGCGUGGAUGGCCUCUCAACCCCCGUGGUGCUCUCCCCAGGGCCCCAGAAGCCAUGAUUACCACCACCACCACCACCCCCUUCUGGGGUCACUCCAUCCAUGGCCCUGAACUUCUCUCCAGCCAGCCGUCUCAAGGAGAAACAUAGUUCAGCUGACAGACUUGUGCUCUAGUUGUGGUGGGGUAGGGAUUCUUAG